AGCCUCAGGCAUCUUUAUUGAAUCCUUUGGAAAAAUUUCUGUUUUGUCUCAAUCAGCAUUCAGAGCAGGAGAUUAAAACCCAUGCUGCCAUGUAAUCUUGGACAGGUUUUGUACCAAAUAAGGAUGCCACCUUUAAGGGCACGCCAUUCACUUUGUAGAUUCAUAUUUUUUUUUUCAAACAUAAUGGAAUGUUAAGAAGGGUUUUUUGUCUUUUUUGAAUCUUCACAAAAAUUGUUCCAUCCUAGCAAUAGUCCCCAGAAUCCAUGCUAGAUACUUCAGGAAGAAAAGAAAGGGAACUGAGUGCUCAGGAACUCAUUGGAAGAAGAGAAGGAGUGGUAGCCUGGGCUUGAGACACUUGAGUUGAAGUUUGCAAUCUCUGAUUGAGCUGUAGUCUGGACUAGAGGAAGGUGCCACGGCUGCUGAUGGAAGUGCCUCAUCCCACAUGGAGAGCUGCUGACCAGGCACAACGGGUGUAGCCACUUCAAACACUGCUAAUCUUCCCUUCUGGCCACCUGCUACUCAGCCAGGAGCCUCGGGCAGGUGGCUGAACCAGGUUCUUUCCCCUCCAGUGCUCUGGCUGCAGGGGAGUCUAGGAAAUGGAGUUCUGGUUGGACAGUCAUGAAAUAACAACUGAAGCUAUGGAUAAGAAGGGAGAUGGAAGGAGGAACCUUCUUCAGUCUCAUACACAUCUGAUCUGGAACAAAAUUUUUUAAAAAGAUUUUAUUUAUUUGAGAGAGAAGGGAGCAGACUCCCCACUGAGCAGGGAGUCUGAUGUGGAACUUGAUCCCAGGACCCUGAGAUCAUGACCUGAGCUGAAAUUAGAUGCUUAACCAAUUGGGCCCCCCUGGAAAUCUUAUUAGUUAACUUAAAAAAAACAUGUAUAUAUUGCUUAAGAUCUUUCUCAGGCCUUGAACAUGAUACCCCUGAGAUCAUUUGCCAGAAGUAGAAUAUAGAAAACAAAAAAAAUAAAUACAAGAAGACAAAGAGUGUUGGGAUGCCUGGAUGGCUCAGCGGUUGAGUGUCUGCCUUCAACCCAGGGUGUGACCCUGGAGCCCCAGGAUCAGAGUCCCACGUCGGACUCCCCACAGGGAGCCUUCUCCCUCUGCCUGUGUCUCAGCCUGCCUGUCUCAUGAAUAAAUAAAAUCUUCAAAAAAAUAAAAAGACAAGAGUGUUGAGUAGUGUCUUAUCUUUUGUGAAGGCUCUAAGUUAAGCCUACUCUGGCUCUGCUCUUUUUUAUUAAAAAGGAACAUCAGUGUUUGCAAUGAUAAAGACUUAUGGCACCAAAUACAGUCUUCCUUCUUGUAGGAUCUGAAAGGCUGAAAGAUUGUUAUCUUCACUAAGAGGCAAGUAUUAUUGCAGAUGGCAAAUGGAAACAUCUCACCCACCACACCAGGUUCUGUGGUCAGUGGGUCCUGGUUUUUAUUGUCUGCCUGGUGUGGGCCUCCUAUGUUCCCUGUGAGCAAUUGACAUGCCCACUUGGAGCUACAUUUUAUUCCUGUGUAGGGAAAGAAUUCCUGUUACGUUUGGGUGUUUUUUAAAGAAUUUAUUUGAGAGAGUGAGCACAAGGAGGGAAGGGGCAGAGGGAGAAGCAGACCUCCACUGGGCAGGAAACCUGAUGUGGGGCUUGAUCCCAGGACCCCUGGGAUCAUGACCUGAGCCAAAGGCAGAUGCUUAACUGACAGCCCCCUGGGUGCCCCAGAAUUCCUGUAUAUUCGUACUGUGGUACCAUUGGUGUAGGUCACUAUCCCCAGUGGUACUCAGUAAGCCUAUAAAUUCAGCAAAUACUUGCCAAGUACCCAUUAUGCUAAAUACUGUUCUUUGCAUAGGACACACAGUGGUGAAUAAAGUUAACUGCAAAUACCAUGUUCUGAUACAACUGAGGUGGCCCAGCUGGGGAAUGGUCCCCGGUGAUCAAGGAAAGCCAAUCAUUGGUGACUUGAGCAGAGCUGACUUGAGUAUCUCCCAGCCAUGAUGGUGCUAGGUAAUUGGGUGUGUAGAGAUGGCUGAGGUCCAGGCUUUGCCCUGAUGAAUUCUUUCCCAAUCCCCAAGCCCAUGUGUGCCUGAUCCACUUCCCCUGCACAAAAGUUUGGACUUGAGGCCAGAGGUGAGAAUGUCCUACGACGGAGAUGGCCGUGCAGGCAAAUGAUCUUGGCACGUGGAGCUAUAGGAAACAGUUUUAUUUUUAAAUGAGAGACAGAGAGGAGCAGAGACAUGGGGCAACCCCAAGCAUAUAUAUUUAUUCAUGAGAGACAGAGAGGAGCAGAGACAUGGGGCAACCCCAAGCAUAUAUAGGCAGAGGGAGUAGCAGGCCCCAAGCAGGGAGCCUGAUGUGGGACUCGAUCCCAGGACCCCAGGAUCAUGCCCUGUGCCGAAGGCAGGUGCUCAACUGCUGAGCCAUGCAGGCAUCCCAGGAAACAGUUUUAGAGUUUGAGACAAGUUCAUAUCCCUCCCCCCACCACCACUUUCUCCUGAACUGCAGCUGCCAACUCCAUGCUCAGUGAGUGACAGGUGUGGGCCUGGAGCCAAAUCUGGCCCCUCUGCUUCCUGACUUUAGACUUCAAGUUUCUGAAGGCUCUCCCCUGCCAUUUCUAUGUCCAGUGGGGUUAUAACAGCCUCCUUAAGGUGAUGCAGUCCAUUUGAAAUUAUGUGCUGAGUGCUCUUUAAAUAACUGUUGGCUUUCAUUUCAUGGUCCCUAUUUUACAGAGGAGAAAGGCGAGGCUCUCAGAAGAGAAAUAGUUUAGCCCAGGUCACCCAGUCAGGAAGUGGCUUGUGAAGAUAAAUAGUGAUUAUGGUAGGGCCUUGCUAGCCUUAAGAUCCAGCAUAUAAUACUUGGUCCUUGAGAGUGGGGGCUGUUCCUGGCGAUCAAAAGGCCGCCUUGUUCUGUCCUUGAACACAGGAAAUUCCAAGAUAGUUUUCUGUACUAGCUGCCUGUUUCUGUUCUUGGAAUGGCCCAGGUACCCAAACAGCCUAGAAUUGACAAAGAUGGGAUUGAAUAUCUCAACCUGCCUAUCUGGGCCUCUGAUGGUAGAGGUGGGGGCAGGAGGUAGGGGUUGCUGUCACUUGGAGCGGCCUGGGCUGCUUUGGGCCUAUUUGGGCAUUUUCUUGGGCAGGCUGCCCUCACCCUGUCUUUGAAAUGGUUCUGGCUGGGCAGCAGCCUCUAGAUAUUGUGGGUGAAAUUUGGGACCAGUUAAGGGUGGAGACAGGAUGGAGAACACAGGUUUCCUUGUGUUGGUGGAGAGAGGGAGGGCAGAAGGAAAUUGGAGACCCCAUUUCCCCCUCAGUCACUCCCUUGCUCAGUCCAUGAUGGCUGGGUCACCAGUGUUCCUCGGUAUCAUUGUUUUGCUGUCUGCCUUCCUAGCGCCUAGUGUCGGGAGCCGUGCCAUGCCCAAGCUGGCUGACCGCAAGCUGUGUGCUGAUGAGGAAUGCAGCUACCCCAUCUCCAUGGCUGUGGCCCUUCAGGACUACGUGGCCCCCGACUGCCGUUUCCUGACCAUACACAGGGGCCAAGUUGUGUAUGUCUUCUCCAAGCUGAAGGGCCGAGGGCGGCUCUUCUGGGGAGGCAGUGUUCAGGGAGAUUACUAUGGAGAUCUAGCUGCUCGCCUGGGCUAUUUCCCCAGUAGUGUUGUACGUGAGGACCAGACCCUGAAACCUGGCAAAAUCGAUGUGAAGACAGAUGUGAGUGUCUUGGGGGGCUGGCAGGGAUCCGGAGGGAGGACCCUGAGGUUGUGAUGAUGGGCAAAGAUGCUCCUUCCCUUGGCUCCCCGGCAGUGUAGCUGUGUGCACUGGUACAAAUUCCCUGCCUCGGUUUUCUUAUCUGUAAAAUGGGGGAGUUAUUUUUUUUUUUAAGUCCCUGUUAGAUUGAGAGGUGCAAAGAUUGGAGGACUCUGGACCAAUUUGCAUAGCACAUGUUUGGCCAAACCUGGCCCCUGCCACAACAAAAACCACUAGAUCCUUUGUGGUGUGACCGCUGGUUUU